AUGCCACACCGUCUGCCCGACCCUGCUUCUCUCGUCGCCGGCGUCCCUAGCACCAAUUCUGCCUUGUUUCUCAAGAUGGGCUCCUCCUCACAGCUCGUCAUGUCCGACGUCUCGCAAGCGCUCGAGAUUGCGCGCGAGAGCCCUGCCGGCGCCUCGGACCCUACCGUGAGCAAGAUCCUCGACCAGGCCAUUGCCCACAUCUGGAAGAAGAUCCAGGCCAAGCCCAACGACUAUGUCAUGACGCGCGACGAGUUCUCCGUCUUCAACUACUUCCAGCAUCGCUUUGCUGGCGACAAGACGGCCAUUGCUGCUCGCGCUCGUUUCUGGAACAGCACCAAAGCGUAA